AUGAGACGUUCACCACUACUGUCAGGAGAGGUUGAGAGUCGAACAGAAGUGAUGAGAAGGAAGCUAAGAAACAGAAAGGGGGGGGCCACGCUGGGAUAGUCCCAGGCGCGUGACAAUGUACAUCCCUAAGUCAGCCGCGGGUGAAAUCGCCGGCGCGCCUAAGUCCCCACCGCAAGGGGGCGGGCUAGCGGGCGCGCGCAUGAAUCCGCCGGCGCUGGCGCGCUGAGGCAGUCGCGCGCGUCUAAGUCCCCACCGCCGGGGGCGGGCUAGCAAGUGCGCGCAACGACCGAGGCGCCCCUGUCGAGCUGAGAGUGGACUCUUCACACAUGUGAAGACUGUACCCGAGGCAAGGCGUCCACUCAAGUCCCCUAUGGCCGACUGCAUCCGAUGCCGAUCCCUUCUGGUCCUUGGGAACAAGUGGCCAUCGACUUCAUGACAGGACUGCCUCCGGUCGAGCUCGAAGGGAGGAUGGUUGCUCAAAUCAUGGUGGUCACUGACACUUGGGGCAAGAUGGUUCACCUGAUUCCCCUCCCAGCCGACGCCGACUCGGAGCUCGUUGCCGAGAAGUACUAUGCCACCGUCUUCCGACUGCAUGGGAUGCCUUCCGCCAUCGUUUCCGACCGUGAUCCCAAGUUCACCUCGCAGUUUUGGCGGGCAUUGCAGGCAAAGAUUGGCACCGUCUUGCGAAUGUCAACCGCGGCACACCCCGAGACGGACGGAUCGAGCGAGAAUCGGAUCAAGAUGGUCACCCAAACCCUGCGGAUCAUGGUCUCGUCAAACCACGAGGCUUGGGUAUCUCGUCUUGUUGAAGCUGAGUUCGCUCUUAACUCUUCUGUUGCUGUGUCCACGUCGCUGUCGGCUUUUGAGGCAACCUACGGCUACCUUCCUCGACGCUGGCCCUCGGAUUCCUGGUCUGUCUCGGACGUCCCUCGUGCGGAAGCGUUUGCUCGGAUCCGACAAUUACGGAACCUUGACGUGACGGAUGCGAUCAUUGGAGCACACCUCAACCAGUCCCAUCAGGCCAACAAGCAUCGACGCCCAGACGACCCCGCCUUUCGGACCGGCAGUUACGUCUAUCUUUCGACAAAGAACCUGGCAGUUCCUGACGGCAUGAAGUCGAAGUUGUUGCCGCGCUACAUCGGCCCCUUCCGUAUCCGAGCGGCCAUCCCUGCGACGUCCAGCUACGACCUCGAGCUCCCUCCAGCGAUGUCGCGAGUGCACAAUCGUUUCCAUGCUCGACUGCUUCGGCCUUGCGUUGAGAAUGAUGCUGAAAGGUUUCCUGGGCGUGACCCCGCAGUUCUUUUUGUCGAAGACGUAG